CCAAGCUUCAAGCGAAAUUGAAAACACGAAUAGGGUCAAGAGUCGGUUUUUGUGUGAUUUGCAGUUAACAAAUUAAACAAUUUUACGAAAAUUUUCGAUGAUUAUUUAGUGUUAACAAAAAGCGUAAUAAUGAAAACUUUGGCACACCAUUACGUCGUCACGGCUCACAAGCCGACAGCAGUCACAGCAUGCGUGACCGGCAAUUUUACGUCACCUACCGACUUAAAUUUGAUUUUGGCGAAAAACAUGCGACUUGAGAUCUAUCUUGUUACUCCAGAGGGUCUUAGACCACUUAAAGAAGUUGGCAUCUAUGGGAAAAUUGCUGUCAUAAAAUUUUUCAGACCACAACACGAAAAGAAAGACUUACUUUUCCUAUUAACUACACGAUACAAUGCAAUGAUUUUGGAGUGCAUUGGAGAAGGAGAAGAUAUAGAAAUCAUCACAAAAGCACAUGGUAAUGUGUCUGAUAGAAUUGGCAAAGCAUCUGAAACUGGAAUCAAGGCUGUCAUUGAUCCUAAAGCAAGGGUCAUUGGUUUACGACUCUAUGAUGGUUUAUUUAAAAUCAUUCCACUUGACAAAGAUAAUUCAGAGCUAAAAGCUUCUUCUAUUCGUAUGGAUGAACAAAAUGUUCAAGAUGUUAAUUUCUUACAUGGUUGUGCUAAUCCUACUUUGAUAUUAAUUCAUCAAGACAUAAACGGUCGACAUGUCAAGACUCAUGAAAUUUCAUUGAGGGACAAAGAAUUUGUAAAAAUUCCUUGGAGACAAGAUAAUGUUGAGCGUGAAGCUAUGAUGGUUAUACCUGUACCCUCUCCAAUUUGUGGAGCAAUUAUUAUAGGCCAAGAAAGCAUUUUAUACCAUGAUGGUACUACAUAUGUCACAGUAGUUCCACCAAUUAUAAAACAAAGCACCAUCACAUGCUAUGCAAAAGUAGACAAUCAAGGUCUUCGAUAUCUUUUAGGUGAUAUGGCAGGUCACUUAUUUAUGUUAUUUUUAGAGCAGGAUAAAAAGCCAGAUGGCUCUAUGGUUGUCAAAGAUUUGAAAGUGGAGUUACUUGGAGAAGUUAGUAUUCCAGAAUGCAUUACAUAUCUGGAUAAUGGUGUGAUUUUUGUUGGUAGCCGUUUAGGUGAUUCACAAUUAAUUAAAUUAAUCACCAAAGCUGAUGAAAACGGAUCCUACUGUGUUCCUAUGGAAACUUUUACUAAUCUUGCUCCCAUUGUUGACAUGGCUGUUGUUGAUCUUGAGAGACAAGGGCAAGGGCAAAUUGUCACUUGCUCAGGUGCUUUCAAAGAAGGUUCACUGAGAAUAAUCAGAAAUGGAAUUGGCAUUCAAGAACAUGCAAGUAUAGACUUACCUGGAAUUAAAGGAAUGUGGGCUCUGAAAGUUGGAGGAGGCAAUUUUGACAAUACUUUAGUAUUGUCUUUUGUGGGUCAAACAAGAGUGUUGGUAUUGAAUGGUGAAGAAGUAGAAGAAACAGAAAUACCAGGAUUCGUUGCGGAUGAACAGACUUUCCAUACAGGAAAUGUUACCAAUGAUAUAAUUAUUCAGAUUACGCCAACAUCAACAAGACUUGUAUCCUCUGAAACUAAAUCCGUCAUUUCUGAAUGGGAACCAGAUAACAAAAGAAAUAUCAGUGUUGUUGCUUGCAAUGGUACUCAGGUACUUUGUGCCACUGGAAAUGAUCUGUUCUAUUUGGAAAUAAAUGGCAAUCAAAUAGUAUCAAAAGGCUUUACAACUCUUCAACAUGAAGUUGCCUGUCUUGACAUUUCCCUAUUGGAUGGAAGCAAUGAAGCAAAACUUGUUGCUGUUGGUUUGUGGACAGAUAUAUCAGUUCGCAUUUUAACUCUACCAAAAUUAGAAGAAAUAAACAAAGAGUUGCUUGGUGGAGAAAUAAUCCCUAGGUCCAUACUUAUGACUUGCUUUGAAGGCAACACAUACUUGUUAUGUGCUUUGGGAGAUGGAAGCAUGUACUAUUUCACUCUAAACAAGCAAAAUGGAAUGCUAGCUGAUAAAAAGAAAGUUACUUUAGGCACCCAACCAACAGUUUUGAGGACAUUCAGAUCUCUUUCGACCACCAACGUUUUUGCCUGCUCAGAUCGUCCUACAGUCAUUUACAGUUCCAAUCACAAGCUCGUGUUCAGUAAUGUGAACUUGAAAGAAGUUAAUCACAUGUGCUCACUGAAUGCAGAAUCAUACCCAGAUAGUUUGGCUCUUGCAACUGAUAGUACUGUUACCAUUGGAACAAUUGAUGAAAUUCAAAAACUUCACAUCAGAACAGUACCCUUAGGCGAGUCACCCAGAAGAAUUGCUUAUCAAGAAAUUACUCAAACUUUUGGUGUGAUAACAAUGCGUGUAGAUGUUCAAGAAACCAACGGCAUCAAUAUUGUCCGGCCAUCUGCAUCAACGCAGGCUGCUGCUGUGUCAAACAGCAAUCCUAUUGCCAGUCACAAUAAGCCGAGUAACACGGCUAACGACAUAGGUCAAGAAGUUGAAGUUCACAAUCUCUUAAUUGUUGAUCAACAUACCUUUGAAGUACUUCAUGCUCAUACUCUUAUGCCAAGUGAAUAUGCAAUGUCGCUCAUUUCUACGAGAUUAGGCGAAGAUCCAACCCCAUACUUUGUUGUUGGUACAGCUUUAAUCAACCCUGACGAGUCUGAACCUAAAAUGGGUAGAAUUUUACUCUAUCAAUGGAAUGACGGUAAACUAACACAGGUAGCAGAGAAAGAAAUCAAGGGUUCAUGCUAUUCACUUAUCGAGUUUAAUGGUAAACUUUUAGCAAGUAUCAACAGUACUGUCAGGUUAUUUGAAUGGACUGCUGAAAAAGAGUUAAGAUUGGAAUGUAGUCAUUUCAAUAACAUUAUAGCUUUGUACUUGAAAACAAAAGGCGAUUUUGUACUUGUUGGUGAUUUGAUGAGAUCAGUAACUUUACUACAAUAUAAGACUAUGGAAGGUAGCUUCGAGGAAAUAGCUAGAGAUUACAAUCCUAAUUGGAUGACGGCUAUUGAAAUAUUGGAUGAUGACACCUUCUUAGGAUCAGAAAAUUGUUUCAAUCUUUUUGUUUGUCAAAAAGACAGCGCCGCAACUUCAGAAGAAGAAAGGCAACAAAUGCAAGAAGUUGGACAAUUUCAUUUAGGAGAUAUGGUUAACGUGUUUCGACAUGGAUCUCUAGUAAUGCAGCAUUUAGGUGAAUCGAGUACCCCUACUCAUGGUUGUGUUCUUUUUGGUACAGUAAGCGGUGCAAUUGGUCUCGUCACACAAAUUCCAUCAUCUUUCUACGAAUUUCUACGUAAUUUAGAAGAUAGAUUAACAUCUGUUAUUAAGAGCGUUGGUAAAAUUGAACAUCAUUUCUGGAGAAGUUUCAACACCGAUUUGAAGAUCGAACAAUGUGAAGGUUUCAUUGAUGGAGAUUUAAUCGAAAGUUUCUUGGAUUUAAGUCACGAAAAAAUGGCUGAAGUUGCCAUGGGUUUAGUGAUUGACGACGGUAGUGGUAUGAAGAAAGAAGCAACAGUUGAUGAUUUAGUGAAGAUAGUUGAAGAUCUUACGAGGAUACACUAAAUUCUUUUUUCUUAUUAUUUUUAUUAAUUUUACAGUAAUUGUGUGACAAGUGACAAGGUUAUUUAUUUUAAUCUAAUACCCAAGCGCGAUUACAAGGAAAUGAAACGAUGAGUGUAGUUAUCUCGUAAUAAUGAGUACACCGUGAGUUAUGUAAAUAUGUAAGAGUCAAACUCAAAUUCAUGGCAUUCGUUAAUUAUAUAUAAUUCAUCAGAUUCAUGAAUCAACUGCCCGUGAAAGUAACAUUUACAGUUUGUAAAAUAUAGGAAAAUUCAUAUCUUUAUAAGUUUGAUGUAGAUUAUGAUCUCAUUAUAUAGAGAUUUUUCCUUUGAUUCAAUCUAAAGCAAAUUUUAUAAUUUUAUUAAUGUAGUUUCCAAAACAAAAACAAUGGUUCAACAGAAAAAUAUAGAUUUUCAAAAAC